AUGCCUUUUCUCAAUAAAUUAAUCCAUAAGGGAGACCAAGAAAAGUCUCCCGAGAAAGACGUCCCUUCCGCUCAUGUCGAGCACCCACCUUCACCAUUGUCUCCUAGUUCCUCAACCAUAAUAAACGAAGAACCGCCAGGUUACACAGCUACCGAUGGUCCCGCCGAAUCAGAUCUGACUGCUGCCUUUUCCAAUCUCAAUAUCUCGGAAUCAAGUAUUCCUGCUUUUCCAAAUGAAGAUCUAUGUCUUGCACACCUCAAGUUGUUAAAGACUUUUCAUAGUCUCAAAGAAGAUGUCGGCUAUACCGAUGGAUUGUUUGGUCUAUGGGAUGCACGUUGCGAACUUCCGGUCGUCGAGAACCGUGACAAAGCAUUAGUAGCGAUGCGAGAAAAGAGAUGGUCUCUGUAUAUUGCAAGAGCGGUAGAGAGAUUUGAGGAUUGGUGGUUGAAGGUGUUGUGCGAGCAAGAGUAUGCCACUAGGUUGCAGCAAAAGGACAUGAAGACUUACAGGGACUUCAUCAAUUUUCCGGAGAAGGGUGUGGCUAAGGUUUGGAGCACGUCAAUGUUGCCCCCAAUAGAUGUUCUCAUGGUAUGGCAUUCAUUGAUGCUCAACCCUCGAAACUACCUGGAAGAUUGUAUGCGUUUUGGUUUGAAAGAUUUGUGGGCAACAGGCAUGCCCUGGCAUGCUGUUGAUACAGCUAUUGAUACCAGCUUCAAUUAUCAAGUAACAGAAGCAGCCAAAGAAAGAUUCACGAAUGCCACAGGGCAUCAUUGGAGCAAUGCCAAUGAUCAUGCAGCAAAGACACUAAAUUGCCCGCGGUGUUCUCAGGUAUUGGAAAUUCCAUGGACUACAUUCGCUGCAAAUGAAAAGCCAUCACUGAAAGAAAUUAUGGACAUGAAUGGUACAGGUUAUGGUGAUCGAGGUUUAUCACACAUUUGCCACAAAUGCGGUGGUCAAAUCAAUCACGAUCUAUUGCGAGUUGCCAAGUUUAAGAAAGAGGUCGAAGAUCUGAUCAUGAAAGACUAUCCUCUAGGGGGUACAAUUCUAUCUCCGAGUACUGGCAUUCCGGAUGCACGAGAUCCAAAAUCUGGUUCCUUGCACCAAAAUGCAUUCCCCAAUCGUAUGAUUACUAUUGAGCUGAAGGUAAAAAUGCUAGAACUAAUUGAUAAAAACCCUAAAAAAAAGCCCGCUAUGACUGAUGUUAGGGAUAUUAUCGAGAAAACAUUCAGAAGUAAAUCAGCCCUAAAGAAAAUCAAUAGUGGGAGGAGCACUUUGCUACGAGCGGAGUGCCUUUCAGUUCGAAAGAUGAUGUCGAGAUAUUGGCAAAAUUCUUCAAUAUUCGCGCUUGAACUUGGAGGUGCUGUGAUUCGUCAGAGUGUGUUUGUCGAUAAAAUGGCAAGUCUUGACUGGCUUCAUUCCCCGGUUGCUCGAGAGACGAUGGGUCGAUUACUUACAAAGUAUGAAAGAUUCAUUGAAAUCAUGCGUCUCCAUCCAAAAGAGGUUUGUGUUCCAACCUUGGAUGUUGAUUUGGCAUGGCAUACUCAUCAACUAUCGCCAAAACAAUACUACGAGUAUACGUUCUCAAAAUGCCUGAAAUUCAUCGACCAUGAUGAUAAGAUGGAAGAAGAUGCUCUCUCUACUGCCUUCGAAUGGACAAGUAAGACCUAUGAGAGACUCUAUAGGCAAGUGUAUUCUGAAUGCACUUGUUGGUAUUGCGAGGGUAAUCAUAUUGAUUCGUCAAGCCGUGUAUUCGGAACCUCUAAGCACGAAAAAGUUCUGGACACUUUCUAUACAUCUGGAGCAGCAAGACAAUGUGACCCCAACAAUAGCGCACACAUCAGCGCGCACUCCGCUGUUCGAGUCGAAGAGUCCGAGACCCAUGCUUCAGUCUUCGAUAGACUUAGCCAAAGAAAUAAAUCCGAAAUGAAUCGCGCCUACGACAAAGCUCGUCAAAGAGCUGAACAGAAGGGAAGAACUAUCCCUCCUAGAGAUGAUUAUUAUUACACGGCUUGGGGUUAUCCAUAUAUGAUGUAUGGACCGUACAUGAGUCCGAUGUACGUCGGUGCUCCGACUUACUAUGCAGGGGAUCCGUGCGUGAUGCCUGUUGGUGUGGGUAUGGCCGGAGCUUGUGCAGCAGGAUCUUGUGGAGGUACUGUUGCAGCUGGUGGAUGUGGCGGCGCUGGUGGAUGUGGUGGAGGAGGUGGAGGAGGUGGUGUAGGUGGUGCAGUAGGAGGAGUUGGCGGCAGUUGUGGAGGAGGUGGAGGAGGCGGGGGUUGCGGUGGAGGGGGUGGUGGUUGUGGCGGUGGCGGUGGGGGGUGUUAA